AUGGACGCCUACCCCGAAGACUACGUCAACCACAACCUCCCUCUUGUCCUCCUUUCAGGACUGGAGGCUGAAGAUGAAGGCAACCCUGAGGUUUCUAUUAACUACCCCCUGAUUCAAGAGAAGGGGCCUAAGAUCUUCUCGGAUUUCCCCCCUCUAGGCGGGGCUGUUGCGGAGGACUUGCGGAGAGCGCUCCUGGAGCAAGAUGGUUCACAGAUGCCAUGGAAGUCUCGCGUGAAUAUAAACGGAAAUCCAUCUGCCUCGAAUAUAAGGUUCAAGAUCAAAAGCAUUGGUCGGUCCUAUAGGCUCCCUCCUAGAAAAUCCAAUCCUCCACUUCGCUCGCCUCCUACAAGUCCUACUACAAACCCGAACCAAGAUGACUCGGAAUCCAGCACGUCCUUUGCCUUGCACUCCCCGAUCUCUCCCCUGUCACCAAACUCCCCAACCUUUCCAGAUGGCCUGCUCACUCCACUGUGGGUAACCAAGCACCAAGACCUAGUUCCCGCCACGGUGAUCAACUUCUUCCCACUUUCCCAGGACCCAAACAUGGACUCGCUGCGGGACAAUCAGCUAAAAAUUGAGAUCAAUGGGUUGAAAAGGGAGUGGGCAUCAUCUGGGUUCAAGACGCGAUUUCUCGUGGUCUUGAUAGCAGAAGAGGGUAAUAGCGGAUACGUUGGCGAAGUUGAUGAUCGUGUUGCGGGCAUUCGGCGAGCAACCAACCUCGACCCCAAGUCCCUAUUCGUGAUAACAUCGGACGCGACGACACCGGAUCUGAAGGAAUUUGUGGACUCGUUGUUUUCUCUUUUACAGCCAUCGGUCGUUGAAUAUUAUCGAGAUCUAUCCAAGCAUGCCAGGCGCAAGCGGAACAGGAGUAGCAUCCCUCCUCCGACUGCACCGCCGACGAGCGGCACCUCCCAAACGCUGUCUUUUCAAGGUUGGAAUGUGCGUUAUGAGUUUAAACUUGGAAUCUUUGCCGAGUUUCGCCAGGAAAUGGAUGCAGCUUGUCGGAACUACGAAAGCGCAUACGACACUUUGUUUGGACAGGAGGUUUUUGAGAACAUUGCCGGCUGGAAUCUUCGUUUUAGUGACGCGCGUCUCUUGGCUGAUGCUCUUGCAAUUCGGAUCAUCCGCUGUCUCCUCUGGACGAGCCAAACAACAUCUGCGACGCGGUUCUGGGUUGAUCACCGAAUUCGCACAAAGGAUAUUAUCGACCGAAGAGGGAAAGGCAGCAAGAAUUAUGGAUGGCAGGCUUGGGAGGCGCGAUGGUCGAUGGUGAUGGCCCAACUCAUUCGUCGAGCGGAAAUUUCUUUCGUCUCACCUACGGCUACUGUUGACCAACCUGGGAAUUUCCCUUCGCUAUACGUUGCUUCCGAGAAAUCAAUCCCCACGGGGGAGCGAGUCAAUCCCUGGGAGCAGAUGCAUCAUGAAGGAUAUUGGCUAUCCCGAUCUGCAAAGCACUCGAUUAUUCGACGAACGCUGGCCCAACAGAUUCCUGACGAGGAUCGGAUCCCCCUGGACAAAACUCACAUCGAAGCUCCGCAGCCAGGACGAACCGGCUUCGACCACUCACACCUGAUUUUGAGCACGUUGAAAGCGGCACUUGAGAAAUUCUCAAAGCGUCAUCAGACACGGAAAGUCGAGAGCCUCAGCCUUGAGAUCGCAGAGGAGUAUAUGAGAAUUAGCUCAUGGUCUGAAGCAUGGAGCGUUCUUCAGCCGCUGUGGUCAACGCUCAGCUGGCGCCGCUCCGGCUGGUGGCCGCUGAUGGAAAAGUUUGGAUGGGCUUUGCGGGAAUGUGCUUUCAGAGUGCAAGACAGCGAGACGGUUUUGCGAGUGGACUGGGAGCUUCUCAAUAAAGUAUUUCAACCAAAGUCUACAUGGAAUUACGACAUUCACAGGAGUCUUGAGGGGCUUCCUUCAGAAAAGCCCAAGCCCUCUGUAGUCCUUCGAGCAGAGGAUGUCAUGACUAGCUUGACCGCGUCAUUGGUCCUUGAGAAAUCCGAAGGCAAUGUGGGCGAGCCUCUACAGACUCAGCUGAUGAUCACAUCCUGCGCCCAACCAGGCUCGGGCCCCAUCAGGCUUUCAGAAGUGAAGGUUGUUUUCGAGGGCUGCCUCCGGUCAGUGAGGAUCCAAUCUAAUCAGGAUCAAAAUGCCGACACUACGACUUCGAGCUGCAUCGCAUCUGUACCGCUGCGCGAGCCGAGUAAUCCAGCGGAUUCAACGAUACAAUCUCCAACCAGCGGCUUAGCUACUUUGACUGGCAUAGCAGACUUGACAAUCGGGCCUUCUCAGACGAAAAUCUUCAACCUCACUUGUAUUCCCCGUGAAGCAGGGGAAGCUAGGGUCGCGUCAAUAACCUUGCUGGUUGAGGAAGAAAAUUUUGACCUUGCCUAUGCAAUCACCAACCAAGACGACCACGAUGGCUUCUGGUGGCAAGAAACCAAAAAGGGCGUGACUCGCAGAAGAGUGGGUAAGGACCGGGAUACGGGCAAGUGCAAGGUCAUGCCCAAGCCUCCCAAAAUUCGCAUCACAACUCCCAAUCUCAGAGAGUCGUAUUACACCAAUGAGCGAGUGGUCUUGCGGAUUGGCGUCCACAACGAGGAAGAAGAGGCUGCCGAUGUAUCAGCGGAGAUUCGACUUUUUGGAAACCCAGACUCUACGGCCGCACUUUUGUGGUUCGAUGCAAAAGAUUCAGGGACUCAGGGAUCGGGAGACAGCUCCCCAACCGAGGGCCCGUCGCAUUUCCUCAAACGGACCGUCGGAGUCAUGGAUCGAUCCUCAGACAAAGAUUUGAUGAUUAUGCUGGCCGACACUCAGGAUGCCGCCAAGUACACAUUGGAGAUCUCAGCUGUUUAUCAUCUCGUGUCGGAUGUUCAAACGCCUAUCAUGAAGACCAUCACAGUUGACGUAUCAUUUGUUCGGCCAUUUGAAGCCAACUACGAAUUUCUGCCUCACAUCCACACCCUGCCAUGGCCGGAUUUCUUCUCAGUCAAUGACGACUUGGUUGGAGACCAAGCUUCAUCGACCCCAGGAGGCUUAUCGCAGAGGUGGUGUCUCAAUUCCAAGGUGGUUUCCUUUGCCUUGGAGCCUCUUGUCAUCGAAAAGAUGUCUUUGGUUCUUGUCGGAUUGAACGGCGGUACUGUGUGCAACAUCGAAUCAGAAGUGGCUGUCAGUCCUGAGACGUCACAGAUCACGCCGGAAGAACUGCGGGAAUCCAAUUUCUUCCUUGAUCUCCAAAAGACCAACUUGGGAGACCGUCGACCCUCCACGCUUAACCUUGUACUGGAAAUCAAUUGGUGCCGGCGCGCAUCAACGACUUUACCCUCUUCUGAUGUUGAAAAUGCCAUCACCACGUCCAUUCUGGAGAUCCCUCGGUUUGUUGUGCCAAUGGGUGAACCUCGGGUGCUGGCUUCGGCGUCUGCCUCCACUGCCAUGUCAGGGCUGAUUCAUCUGGAAUAUACUCUGGAAAACCCAUCCACACACUUUCUCACCUUCAACUUGAUGAUGGAAGCGAGCGAACACUUUGCAUUCAGUGGACCCAAGACAACUGUCAUUCAGCUGGUGCCAUUGAGCCGCCACACAGUGCAGUACAAUCUACUGGCAGCUAAGCGAGGCUUGUGGAUCCAGCCGCAGCUCGUGGUCGUCGAUACCUACUUCAACAAGACUCUGCGGGUGCUUCCCACGGGGGAGAUGCGGUCGGAUAAGAAAGGUGUUUUAGUUCCUUAUCACCCCAAGCGGCGAUCCGCCCGCAGCUUGAGAGCUUCGUCACCGACGACUCCUGUUGUCUUUGCAUUCGACACGCCCUCGGGGAAUUUGCGACUCGAAUCCCGCCGCGUCGUCUUCUUUUCACCUUUUCGAAUCCAUCUUCACGGCCUUGCAAAUUCCUUCGAGAGUCCUUCUUCCACGCGCUCACCUACGUGUCUGAACCGCCGACCCGUAGCCAUGGCGGCCCAAGCGGCGUUGAUUGCCGACACAAUUGUCGGCAUGAAGCGGGCCAUGCGCAGAGAACGUGAUGACUCUGGCCCCGAUGAUCCCAUCGCCCAGCCGACGAACCGAGGAAACAAAAUGAAAGCCAACGCGGAAUAUGUUCGCGAGGGGGCUAUGGGGUAUAUCAAUUCCGAAGAUUUUUACCGACAGAAGGUCGACCAUGCUGGCUAUACCCGUCAUAUUCUCCGGCCGAACCCAGUCCGGUACGAUUCAGAAGGCGAUGAACUUGACGAGGACGAUGAAGAUUCCGAGGCCGAUGCCGCGGCUGCAGAAGAAAACCCGUUCUCGGGAAUCGCGCUCGAAACGCUAUUAUGUCCCUUGAAGCACCCUUCGGAGCUCCCGUCUCAUCCUUCGAUGUCCCAACCCUACACUUCACAGGCCCUGGAGCACAUGACAAAAGCGGUCGAAACCAAGCUUCGUCAAGAGCGGGCUUUGCUCUGGCGUGCUCGGAAUCUUCAUCGGCAAUUCCUGGGCGACAGCGGCUGGAUGCCAUGCGGCGCGGUGGAAACCCCCGAAGACCGCUGGAUUUUUGAGCCUAGGAUUGUCGACGAUACACAAAGCGCGACCAUUAGCCAACAAGAAUCGGGUGGAGUCGAGGCCCUAUCGGUGACCGGGAACUUGAGUGUGCCACAAGACGUACCGUCAACUGCGGCAUCUGUCAGGGAGGCACAGCAAACACAGAAUGGGGUUGAACCCACGCCCCAGUCCACUGAAAACGAUGUGGAUAUGGCAGAGCCUCCGGCACCUUCAGAGGGAGAAAAUUUGAAGGAUGAUCGUCAGGAACAGAUCAAAGAGCCCAAAUCAGAGGAGUCCGAUGCCAUGGUCAAAGAUCUUCCGCCACACCCUAAGACUACAGACGGCUCUACCUACGAGAUCAAUGAGAAAGACCAUGGGUACCAAUUUGGUCAUCACACGAUUGCGGGCUCCGGUGAACGACAAGAGGGAAUGGAUACCAUCAAAGACGGGGACAACGCAGGCACCGAGACCACGCACACCGAGCCGAAUGAGGCGCACGAGGACGAAAAUGAAGAAGACGCCGAGAUGCACGACGGGUCUUCGCCCGAGCCCCCACGUCGCAUGACUACCCGUGCCCAAGCCAACGCGGGCAACCAGUCUCCCACCUCUUCUGCCGACACCGCGAGCUCUCUUCCUCCCCCGCACCCGCUCUUCCUCAUCCCAGACCACGUCCGGCCCGACGCUAACUUCGGCCUCCCCGCCCCCGAGGCCGAGGAAACUCGGCGACUUCUCUGGUCUUACAUCCAGAAACAAGAGGAGACAGUACGGGGCUUUGAACACAUGCUCGAUACGCUGCUCCGAGCGUGCCACAUGAAAUCGGACGUACUGGAAUGGUGCAAAGCCGAGGGCCACGUUGGUGAAAUGAGCGACGGCGAGGAUUGGUACGACCGCGAGAAAUGGGGGCUCGCCGAGGGCGAGGAUCUGAAGAAGGGCACCGACGAAGAUGAAGUCGAGACAGUUGAUGACAGCCGCACCACGGCGAAGAGGGGUCGUGCCCGACGCUGA